CCGAAUGAUUACGCAAAAACGUGUAGAUGGCGUUGACGUUGAGAAAAGAGUGAUGGCGGAUCAAAGCAUGCAAGAUUUGGAACAUGCUACACAGAUUGUGUUGGCACCUCCAAAUAUUGUGACAUCAGAACAAAGGCAUGCUGCAGAAGCAGUUAUAUUAUCCUUUAGAAAAACAAAACUGCCUUAUAAUACUUGUAAAUUUAUACUAGAGAAUACAAAGAGUGAUUAUGUAUUAUUUCAAACAGCCACUACAUUAAAGGAAGCAGUAGUUCGAGAAUGGAAUUUAUUAAGUGCAGAAGAUAUAGAAUCAUUGAGAUCCUUUUUACUGAGAUAUAUCACAAAACAUAUCAGUUUACAGAGUUAUGUAAGAGAACAGAUAUUACAGACAGUAGCGGUUAUAUUAAAGAGAGGUACUCUAGAUCCUAAAGGUUCAGGAUGUGAAAAUAUGUUCACUGACGUCACUAGUCUCAUUAGCAGUGGUAACGUUACAAUGCAAUUGGUUGCCUGUUCGAUGUUAACGUCGUUAUUAAAUGAAUAUUCCAGUUCUAGUCGAACCAGUAACGCUGGUUUUACCUGGGAAUUUCACAAUAGAUGUAAACGUACAUUUGAGGCAACUAAUUUAAAGAAAGUUUUCCUGUUCUGUUUACAAGUUUUAAAUGAAAUAGAUGGUCAACCUACACCUUUAACAAGGGAGGCAAUCGCUGUAUUAAACAGAGUUCUCUCUAUAACAGAACAGGUGCUUUCAUGGGAAUUUACACCCAAAAAUUUAAUGAGAAGAAGAAUAGGAUUAUUUGAAACUAAUAGUUACGUUACAUUAAAACCUAAUGAAGCAUGGAGAGAUACUUUAUUAGAUAGAAAUAUUUUACAACUAUUCUUUAAGAUACAUGAGAAAGCGAGGUUCAAUUCCGAAAUGGCUCAUCAUUCCAUUCAGUGUUUAGGUCAACUGGCAUCGUUAAAUGGUUCUAUAUUUGUUAAUGACGAGGCUAAGACUCAAUAUCUCCAGUCAUUUCUAGAUGGUUUCCUUCAUUUACUUGCCAGUAUUGAUCUACAAGAUUUUGAGAAUCUCGGGGUGGCGACGACGUUUAAGAAUUUAUUAAUGAUGUUUCCACUGCCAUGUUUCCUAGCGUUACCAGAUACUCACUUCCAGGCGUUAGUUGAUCACAUGACCAGAUUGACAAGUCACAUGGGUAGAUUAGCAGCCAUGGAAGAAGCAUUACAUAAAGAUGAUACGAUAUAUAUGGAAGGUUAUGAGAAGAUGUUGGAGACGUGGAUGCAGUUGAUAUCAGACGUGAAAUCUUUACCAGAUGGCGCUCUUAAACCACAGGCGUCGCAGAUAUUUAACUCUUACUUACAGUGUCAUAUUAGUCCACCAGAUGGCAUACGAUCACAGAAUUGUGCUGAAGCCGGAGUAGAUGAUGAAGAAAUAGAUGAAUUGGAUGAAGAUGAUCGUGACAAGUUUUCUGAUCAGUUGUGUUGUAUCGGGGCGCUAGCUAGAGUUAUACCUGAACAUUCCAUUCCAUUAUUAGCCAAGAUCUGGAAGAGUUGUUAUCAUUGACAUGUUCUGAAUAGUGUGAGGGAUCAGCCAAUGAAAUGGCCUGUUAUGGCGAGCUUGUUUUGCACGGAACUGUGGGUAAUCCACUAGUAACAUCAAUGCUGAUUGGUUAAUCAAAUGUCUGAUUUCAUAGGGUCAAAAGUCGCUUGUAUGACCUCUGACGCGACCUAUCGCUACAACCGGGCAGAUCUUCAUGUAGUGUAGGCCAUCGAAAGUAUUAAAAAUCAAAAUGGAAUAUAGAUGUGUAUUUUAAUAAGAUUGGGAUAUUCUAGAAAGAUAAAAUGAUACUCCGGUUACAGUGAUGUGUGUUUAUUAUUAUUUUGUAUUAUAGUUGUAGAGUAGUAGAUGUGAUUGUAUUAUAUUAUAUUUGUAGAGUAGAUGUGAUUAUAUUGUAUUAUAUUUGUAGGGUAUAUUAUAUUA